UUGAAAAAGGUGACCUAGCAAUAAGACGAUUUAACCUCAAUUUUCCAAAUUGUAUAUUUAUCACUUGUUACCCUAGUUUGAUUAUAUCAUUUAAACAUGGAAAAUACGGGAUAUCCAGCCAAUAAGCAUAUUUUACAUAGUAGCAUCUUCAAUAAGACUUUGAGAGGUUGGCAAGGAGGUAACUGCGAUAUAACACAAAAAAAUCUCAUGUAUCCUAUAUUCAUUGUAGACGAUGAAAAUGCUGUGCAACCCAUUCAAAGCAUGCCAGGUAUUUCAAGGUAUGGUCUCAAUAAACUAAGAGAUCAUUUAAUACCCCUAAUAGAGAAAGGUUUGCAAUCUGUCCUCCUUUUCGGAGUUAUAAAUAAUGUUCCGAAAGAUGAGUGUGGUUCUCAUGCCAGUACAGAAAAGAACCCUGUGAUAAAAGCAGUUUCAAAAUUGAAGACAUGGUUUCCUUCUCUAACAAUCGCUUGUGAUGUGUGUUUAUGUGCUUAUACUUCACAUGGUCAUUGUGGAGUCCUUGACAAGAAUGGUUUUAUUAAAAAUGAUGACAGCAUAAAGAGACUAGCUGAAGUAGCUUUAGCAUAUGCUGAAGCUGGAGCUGAUAUUGUGGCUCCAUCUGAUAUGAUGGAUGGUAGAAUUGGAGCCAUAAAACAAGCCUUAAGAGAUAAAAAUUUAGUGAAUAGAGUGUCUGUUUUAUCGUACACAGCCAAAUUUGCAUCAAAUCUUUAUGGACCUUUUAGAGAUGCUAGCAAAUCAGCUCCAGCUUUUGGUGAUAGAAAAUGUUACCAAUUGCCUUCGGAAAGUACUGGUUUAGCGUUAAGAGCAGCUGCUCGAGAUGUAGAAGAAGGUGCUGACAUGUUAAUGGUGAAACCUGUCUUGAUAUAUAUGGACAUUGUGAAAGAGAUUAAAAAUAAAUUUCCUGAAUAUCCAAUGUUUGUUUAUCAAGUAUCUGGUGAGUUUGCUAUGAUACAUCAUGCAGCCAAGGCUGGAGCCAUUGAUUUGAGGCUUGCUUUAAGUGAGGUCUUGACUUCUUUGAGACGAUCAGGUGCUGAUGUUAUAAUAACUUAUUUCACACCCCAAAUACUGGAUUGGAUCCAUGGGAGCAGUAAGAUGUAAUGAGUUAAUUUAAUCUGUGCUGUUGUAGGUGGUAGAAAUUAAUUUUAGAUAUUUUCUAUAUUGAAUUUUAUAUGGAUAUUGAAAGAAAUGUGUUGUGGGAAAAAGAUCAUUAUUUAAUUGAAUUAUAUGUUAUGUGAAUGAUGAAGAAUUAUAGUAACUUGUGAUUUUGAUUA